AUGGCACAACAUCCAAAUAUCUUGAAGAUAUUUGUUGCUAUUUUAAAUACAGUUCACAGUAAAAAUACAGAUAAUAAUAAUAAUAGAAAUAACUACCAUCCAAAUAAUAGAUUCAAUUCAAAUAAUAAUAACAACAAUAACAAAGAUAAAGUUUUAUUAACAGAUGUUCAAACAUUAACAUUAAAAGCUGGAGAAAUGACAAAAUCAAGAAGAUCGUCACCAAUUAAACAAAUUGAAUGUGUUGGUGGAUCCGCAAGAAAAGAGUAUGAGUUAUAUCCAGCAUCGAUUCAAUGUUACAAUAUGGGCUCAAACUAUGACAAUAAUGACGUUCAAUGGAGAUGUGAUGCAAAUUUAGAUACUUCUGUAAAAUUAGGUAAAAUUGAUGUAUCAUGCGAAGGUUUUUCAUAUCCAGAUGACCCAUAUAUUACUGCUGGUAGCUGUGGUGUAUUCUAUGAAUUGGAAUAUACCGAUUAUUCAAGAAGAGCCAGCAAUAGUUCAGACGAAACAGGUUGGGUUAGUACAGCAGCAUGGUUCCUCAUUAUUUGCUUUAUUUUAUAUAUAGUCGUUAAUCAUUGUGGAUCACCCCAAAGCGAUCAUCCAGAAUUAAACAAUAACAAUGCAAGCGAUAAUAAUUGGCCAUAUGGUAAUGACGACCCACAUGGUACCAACAAUAAUAGAUAUGGUGGUAAUAGCAAUACAAGAUAUUAUCCCAAUUUAAACAACAACAAUAAUGGUACUGCUGGUUGUGGUAUUAAUCAAAAUAACAAUGGUGGUGGACCAGGAUGGGGUACCGCAGCUGUAGCUGGUCUUGCAGGUUAUUUUAUGGGAAGAGGUAGAUCAAAUAGAAGUUACUAUUCAUCACCAUCAUAUCAUUCGACGUACUCUUCACCAUCAUCAUAUAGAUCAUCAUCAAGUGGAAGCCGUUCAUCUGGAAUAUCAUCCAGCUCAUCAUCGCAUUCUGGUACCUCAAGAAGAUAA